AUGAAAAAGGCGUGGGCAUCCGUCAUCAUCGGGACGAUCGCGUCCACAGUCCAUGGUUCAACCAUAGAUGACUGUCUCGGAUAUUCUGCCUCCCAUGUGAGGCGAUCAUCCAACGGGCUUGUGGCAGACCUCACGCUGAUUGGCUCCCCUUGCAACGUCUAUGGCAAUGAUAUCAAGAAUCUGAAGCUCCAGGUCGACUAUCAGGGAGAUAGUCGUUUGCACGUCAAGAUCUAUGAUGCGAAUCGCCAAGUAUAUCAGAUUCCUGAAUCGGUCUUGCCCUCGCCGCCUAAUGAUGAAGGCAAUCCUAGUCAAUCCGCCCUGAAAUUCACCUACACUACUAGCCCAUUUUCUUUCGCAGUCUCACGUUCAGACUCGGGAGAUGUUCUAUUCAACACCUCUGGAUCGCAGCUCGUAUUCGAGUCCCAGUACGUGAGGCUGCGAACUCAGCUGCCUCAGAACCCGAAUCUCUACGGCCUGGGAGAACACACUGACACGUUCCGCCUCCAAACCAAUGACUACAUCAGGACAUUUUGGAAUGCUGAGUCUCCAUUCGUCCCCAGAAAGUCUAACCUCUACGGAAGCCAUCCCAUCUAUCUCGAGCAUCGGGCUAGUGGUCAUAGCCAUGGUGUAUUUCUAAGAAACUCUAAUGGCAUGAACAUUGUUAUCGACCAGACAGAAUCAGGCGACCAAUACCUAGAGUAUAACACCAUCGGCGGCGUACUUGACUUCUACUUCCUUGCUGGUCCCUCACCCACAGACGUGAGCAAGCAGUAUGCCGAGGUUGUCGGACUGCCGGCCAUGGUCCCUUACUGGAGCUUUGGGUUCAUGCAGUGCAAGUACGGAUAUUGGGAUGUCAACGAAUUAGCCGAAGUCGUCGGCAAUUACUCUAGUGCUGGCAUCCCUCUCGACGUCUUAUGGUCUGACAUCGAUUACAUGGACCUCCGCCAGGACUUCACAACCGACUCGGAUCGCUUCCCCAUUCCCAAGAUGCGCGAGCUUGUCCAUACUCUCCAUGACAGGGGACAGAAGUUUGUCAUGAUGGUCGAUCCUGGCAUUCACCGAAAGGGAGACUACGGGCCAUUUGCUCGUGGUUCUGACAAGGACAUCUUCCUCAAGGCGGCCGAUGGCUCGUACUACCGCGGCGUGCAGUGGGCCGGCGAAGUCGUCUGGCCAGACUGGUUCAACCCCAACACUCAAGACUGGUGGACCGACGAGUUCCUACGCUUCUUUGACCCCGAUACCGGUCUAGACAUUGAUGGAGUCUGGAACGAUAUGAACGAGAUCUCCAAUUUCUGUGGUGACAUUAAUUGCGACCCAGCUCAACAGGCUAAGGAUACCAAUACACCCCCGCCGCCAUCCCAUCAGCCCCGACCAAACACGGGCCGGCCGAUACCGGGAUUUCCCAGCGAUUUUCAACCGACCUCAUCUCGGAUUCGGGCCCGACGAGAUGCUGAAAGUCGAGGAACUAUGAAGGGACUGCCAGGGCGCAACCUUUUCACUCCGCCAUAUCGUAUCAACAAUCACGUCGGCGACCUGAGUGCUAGUACUGUUUACACCAACAUCACAAACUACGACGGCACUGUCCAAUAUGAUACGCACAACCUGAAUGGUUUUAUGAUGGCUGCGCACAGCCGGGUUAGCAUGCUCGCUCGCCGCCCUGGGAAGCGCCCCUUUGUCCUCACACGAUCGACUUUUGCUGGUGCCGGAAACAAGGUCGCCCAUUGGUUUGGCGACAACUACUCCGCUUGGGAUGACUAUCGCUUCUCAAUCUCUCAAAUGCUCGCUUUUGCAGCCGUCCACCAGAUGCCCAUGGUUGGAUCUGACGUCUGCGGCUUCAACGGCAAUGCCCAGGAGAAUAUGUGUGCUCGGUGGGCGUUGCUCGGUGCCUUUCAACCAUUCUAUCGUAACCACGCGGAUAUUUCUGCACCUAAUCAAGAGUUUUAUCUCUGGGCAUCUGUGACUGAGGCUGCUAAGAAGGCUAUUGCUGCUCGUUACCGGUUGCUGGAUUACAUCUAUACUGCCAUGUAUCGGUCUAGUACCACAGGUUCUCCGAUCGUCAACCCCCUGUUCUUCACAUACCCCAACGAUGCCAACACUUUCGGUAUCCAGACUCAGUACUUUUUCGGAGAUUCCAUUCUUGUGUCACCUGUCAUUGAGGAUGAUGCCCAAAGCGUUACAAUCUACCUUCCAAAUGAAAUAUUUUACGAUUUCUGGACAUUCAAGCCAAUUCACGGCAAUGGACAACAAGUCACUCUAAACAACGUGGCCUACACGGACUUGCCAGUGUAUAUUCGCGGAGGCAGCAUCAUUCCUAUGCGUAGUGAUGGCGCUAACUCAACGACCGCCUUACGGCAGCAUGACUUCAACAUUGUUAUCGCUCCUGGUCUUGACGGCAAAGCUUCUGGUUCUCUUGUUCUGGAUGACGGAGAAAGCCUGGACGGACAGGCGUCAGAUAUUAGCUUCUCCUGGGAUGGUAAGGAAUUUAAGGCCAAUGGACAGUUUUGGUAUCAAACAGAUGUUCAAAUCCAGACUGUGAUAAUUUUAGGCGACGAGACCAUCACUAAGAAAGGCCCCUGGGGACUCAACAAGGGAUUCUCCUUCAAGUCUUGA